GCGCUGUUUCCUCCCUUCACAGCAGGGCUCCGUGGGCUACGGUGAUUCCCCGGGCCGGCGGGGCGGUCUGCACCGGGGCCCUGCGGGGAGGCUCCGUGCCCUGAAGGAGGCUGCCGGUGAGGUCCUGCCGCUGCCCCUGUGGGGAGCGAGGCUCUGCCGGCUGGGGGCCGUUAGUGGUGGCGCAGGCGGUGGCACCUGGGCCCUGCCGCCCCGCUGGGCCGGCGCUGGAGCCCGAGAGGUAGGGAUAUUAGUGGAAGCCGUGGUCUGCCGGGAUGAGUUUUCUGCUGCCCCAACUGACCUGUAAGAGGGAAGUGGAUCAGGCAAUAAAAAGCGUGGCCGAGAAGGUUUUGGUUCUCCGGUUUGGAAGAGAUAAUGAUGCUGUUUGUCUGCAGCUUGAUGAUAUUCUUGCAAAGACAGCUCAUGACCUAAGUAAAAUGGCAGUAAUUUACCUGGUGGAUGUGAGCAAGGUUCCAGUGUACACCCAGUAUUUUGAUAUCAGUUAUAUUCCAUCUACUGUAUUUUUCUUCAAUGGACAACACAUGAAGGUUGAUUAUGGGUCUCCAGAUCAUACCAAAUUUGUAGGAAGCUUCAAAACAAAGCAAGACUUUAUAGAUCUGAUUGAAGUGAUUUACCGUGGAGCAAUGCGUGGAAAGCUGAUUGUGACAAGUCCUAUUGACCCUAAGAACAUUCCUAAAUAUGACCUUCUCUACCAAGGAAUUUAAUGGCUUGAUCUGAGAUAAAGAAUUACAGAAAUGGCUGAUGUUCUAGAUCCCUCUUUUUCUCCAAGUAUUUUUAGCCACCUCUGACAGUGUGGGACAGUUUGAAUGUUUAUGUUGAAGGAUCAUAUUGAUCUUCUGAAGACAGACAUUCUGUCACCUUGUACUUCUCUCAUAAAUAAAGCUGCAUGUUCAUGUGUAAAAUCCAUACAAGUGACUAUUCUUGGAGUUGCGUGCUGACCAGCACCUAAAAAACAGGCAGGGUGCAUGCACCCUCAAUGACAGCAUCUCCAGCGCAACUUUACUAAGCAAGCUAAAGCACUGGAUAGUCUAUUGUCUGUUCAGUACCAUUUUUAAUCAGAUUUAAUAACAGUAAACCUAUAUUUAAAAGGUAUCCUUGCUCUCAAGAGCGUUCAAUUAACUGUGCCUUUCCAACAGAACUUUACACAUUUACCAGUUACUGUACAACAGGACAGAAGCUUUUUCAAACAGUAUUAGAGAGAACUGCAAUCAAAUGGAUAAAAACACAAAAAGAAGUUUUUUCUUUUUUUCUUCCUCUGGCACCCAGUAUUACUAUUCAACUAUUUUUUUGACUGAGAUGGGAACUGAAGGUGUAGGACAAGAUUUUGUCAUCCUUCAAAGCUCUUUUGCAGCCACCGAGCACAUUCAAUUCCGAGAGGAUUAAACAGGAAAUUCAUUAUAACUGUUUUGUUUAUAUUUGCUUUAAAGGUUAUUUGUAAAUUGUGUAAUUUGCAAACCUUGAGUAUGGAUAUUUAAAAACUCUCUAUUCCCCACCUCUGUCUAAAAUUAAACAUCUGAAAGAAAA